AUGUCUGGCACCGUUGCUACGGCUGACCUCAACAAGCUGGACGUCGGCGCCGCUAGCACUGCGACCUCGGACGAGAUCGCCGCCCAGCUCCACGACCACAUGGUCGGCAAGACCGUCUUGAUUACCGGCGUGUCGCCGUCGGGCCUGGGUGCCGAGGCCGCCCGCAUCGUCGCGGCGCACGCGCCCAAGCUGCUGAUCCUCGCCUCGCGCUCGCCCGACGCCAUCGCCGAGGUCAUUGCCAGCCUCAAGGCCGACGCCGGCUUCGACGCCGCCAAGACGGCCAUUGAGCCGCUGCCGCUGGACCUCGCCAGCCAGCCGUCGGUCCGCGCCGCGGCCGCCGAUCUGACGGCGAGACACCCGGACCUGGCCCUCGACGUUCUCAUCAACAACGCCGGCAUCAUGAUGCUGCAGACGUACCAGGGCGUGCCCGACGCCGCCGGCAAGCUCGUCGAGAAGCAGUUUGCCACCAACCACAUUGGCCCCUUCCUCCUGACCAACCUGCUGGUCCCCGCCCUGCGCCGCUCGACGGCCGCCGGCGGUGCACGUGUCGUGUCCGUCAUGUCGGGCGGGUACCUCGGCUCGCCCGUCAGGGCGCUCGACGACCCCAGCGUCCUCGACGACACGCCGGCCAACCGCGCUGCCUACGACGCUUUUGCCGCCUAUGCCCAGUCCAAGACGGCCGGCAUGCUCCUGACCGUCGGUCUCGCCCAGAAGCUGGCCGGCAAGGGCGUCGAGGCCUUCUCGGUCAACCCUGGUGCCGUUGGCACCACGGGCCUGGGCCGCUACGUGCCCGAGGCGGUGCAGAAGUCGCUGGGCUGGCUGCUCGAGGACGGCUCGCUCAACCCGGCGGCGCCCUUUAUCUCGGCGGCCCAGAGCGUGGCCAGCUACGUCACGGCGGCGUACGACCCCGCGCUCGCCGGCCAGAGUGGCGCGACCAUCUCGUCGUCGGCCGUGGACACGGGCAUCCUGGACUACGCCAAGGACCCCGAGCUGGCGGCGCGUCUGUGGACGCUGAGCGAGACUCUGGUUGGCGAGACAUUUGACUACUAG